AUGGAAGUACUGAGGGCUCUCCGGCAUUGGUUUGCUCCCACUAUCGAUGCCUUCGUCGCCCCUGCUCUCCUUUUCACCUAUCGCUGGCGUCUUUUGACUCUCCAACCGAUUGUCCUUCUCACUUACUCCUUGAAAUGCCUGCCAUGGCUAUUCUCCAAUGCUUUCGACGUCAUCUUGAUCCCUACACGCCGGCUCAAUCAACCCCUUCGUGCCAUUGUAUUCCACCCUCCAUGCAGAACCAGUGAUGAGAGACCUCUUCGCCCGAUCCAUCUUGAUAUACACGGUGGUGCGUUUCUGGGCGGCCUUCCAGAAUUCGACGCUGAUUUCUGUCAACGCCUUUCGCGAGAGACGGGAGGGGUUGUCAUUUCCACGCAGUAUCGUUACUCUCCGCGCCAUAUCUUUCCGGCUGCUCAUGAGGAUAUCGAGGAUGUCUCGAAGUGGCUGGUGCAGCAUGCGGAGAAGCGAUGGGGGGCAGAUCCGAAGGUGUUGACCGUCAGUGGGUUCUCUGCAGGCGCAAAUCUGGCGUUGGCAGUGUCGCAAAUGGGUGGUGGCAUGUUCAAAUGGCCCAGUCAGACUGCGGUCAAAGGAUGCGUCACCUUCUGUGCACCGGUAGAUCUUCGCCUCAAGCCUGCUGAGAAGCCCAAACCAGCCAAUUAUCCCAAACAAGACCCUCUCUUCUUCCUUCAACCUCUAUUUGACUCCUAUGUGGCCCGCACUCGACCGGCGAGUAUUAACAAUCCUAUACUCAACCCAAUCCUAGCCCCAAUCUCCGAUCUUCCGCCGAAGAUUCUCCUCGUCACCCCCACGAUCGACAUUCUGUUAGAUGAGCAGCUGAAAUUUGCUGAGCGGCUCAAGGAAGACGUGCAAAGGGAAACAGAAGAUGGCGCCAAUGCAGUUCGAAGAGAGGUGCAGAUCAUGCUAUUUGAGGACUGUAUGCAUGCUUGGUUAGAAUUGCCCUCGUUCCUGAUUGAUGAGAAGACGAGGGAGAAGGCGUUCAAGACUGCGAUUGAGUUCAUCAAGGAUGUUCACAGAGAGCAUGGCUGGAACAAUCGCGGAGCAUGA